AUGACCGAUCCCGCACCUACCAAGCCUCCCUUACCUGUCUUCAACCCACACAACUGUCAGACUUACCCAGCGAGUUGCCAUUGCGGUGUUGUGCAGUACUCAGUUCUGCUUUCGCCGCCACUUGCUGAGUGGAAGGUCGUAUCGUGCAACUGCAGCAUCUGCACGCGCAACGGCUACUUGCUCGUGUAUCCUGAGCGAUCGCAGCUACAGGUAAAGAGCGGUGAGGAGGUAUUGAGGGACUAUUCUUUUGGCGGGAAGAGGAAUUUGCAUAGGUUCUGUGGCAGUUGUGGGAGUGCGGUUUGGUUUGAUCCACGGAUGGGCGAGUUUGGGGAUGCGCCACCGGAUUUGUUGGGAAUGAAUAUCAGGAUGUUCCAUGGCGUUAAAAUGGAGGAACUAGAUGUUGUGCAUGUUGAAGAUCCGAAUCCGUGA